UAUAGCUUUUACUACAUGUACGUUGCGUUGCGGGAACAUGUGUGACUGUUUCAUGUGUUCGCUUUCAGUGUCGUCGGUCGUCUGCGGGGACACGCAUUGCUUGUGUGUUUUAUCUGUGCUCGUGCAACAGCAAAUUUAUCAAUAGAUUUAAGUGAAGUGAAGCUAAUCAUAAAACAUAUUGUGUUAUUGAAUACUACAGAUGUAAUUUAAACAUGUUGUAAUUGUGUAAUCAUAAAAUUUGGUUUAAGUAAGUUUAAAGUAAUAUUUUAUUGUGUUUGUGAAGUGUACGAGUAAUUAAAGCUUAAAAAUUAGUAGAAAACGUGUUAAAAUUGUGUUAAAUUAGUAUUUGUAUCAGAAUAAAACAUAAAUCUUGUUUGUUAGACGAAAAAUGCACUUUUGUGGCUUUAAAUGAGCUUUCAAAUGUUUAAAUUUACAAAUUAUUGUCAAAAAUGAUUGUAGUAUUGAUUUCUCAAGCAUACAAAAUGUAGAAAUUGAAUACUUUUGUGAUCACAUCAAAAAGAAUUUUCAUGCUGGCAUGAAUUCAAUCAAACGUCAGUAAAAACUCCAUACACAAUGAUAAAUAACUGAGAAUCUAUCAGUCUUCAUCACUAUAAGAACAUUAAAAUACACUUUAUUAGUGCUUACAGUAAUCUACACUAAUUAUGGGUGUAAUUAUUAUUAUUGUAGCACAAUAACAUAAAAUAUUUGUGCUUUAUACUUGUUUAAACAUAUUGUACUUCAUAAUUUAAUCACUUUCUUUUUAAUGUACGAGUAAUGUGAUGAUAAUCACCUGUCCACUGUACUGUCAGUGUCAGAAUGUCAAAAUUUGUAGUUAUAAAAACACCCAGCCGCUUAUCAAACGAUGAAAGUAGUACUUCUAUGUUAAUCAAAUCUAUCACAUCCAUCAAGCCGCAUCAGAUAAUACUCGCCGUCACUAAUGCCAGCCGCCGGGCGCACCAUCAGAAAGCGAUCACAUCUUCGCGCGAUAAGCCACGGCAAUGGGCCUGCCCGGCGCCUCCACUCGACCGCGAACUUUGAAUCCGUCAACAACCAGCCGGGUGAAACAAUCACUAAACAGCAAAUCAAUUACUUUAAAAUACGUGCAACUAAUAGUUUUAAAAAUUAAAUGGUUGAGUAAUAAGUGUGGAAGCAAUAAAAUGGAAUUUAGCAAAUUGCAAUACCUUCCAAUAUUCAUGUACUUGUGGUUUAUGAGUACAUUCGUCCUGACAUAUGUGAUAUCGGUGAUUCAAAAGGACGUCGAACCGAUUUUCCCCUACAUCAGCGACACGGGCACGUUCACACCGACGAGCUGUAUUUUCGGCCAGCUGCUGAACGUGGGUUCGAUUUUGUUGUCAAUUAUAAUUUACAUAAGAUAUCUGCAAAUAAAAGAGAUUAAUGGACAUUUGACGAAAGGAUUGUAUAGUUCAAAUGUCACAUGUCUAAUCCUCGGCUGGCUGGCUUCGCUAGGCGUCGGCUUAGUGGCUAAUUUUCAGGAAACUGAAGUUUUUAGUAUUCACAUAUUCGGUGCCAUAAUGGCAUUCGGUUUGGGUUCCGUUUAUCAAUUAAUUCAGUGUCACAUUUCGGCUAAAACAAUGAAAGAGUGUCGCAUCAGCCAGCACGUCGUCAAUUUUCGUUGGAUUCUUGGAAUUGUCAGCACUGUUACGUUUUUUACUUGUUUUUGUUUCGCCGGAUUAGCCAUGAUGAAAUAUCAAGGUACGGAUAUGACAAAAUGGAAAAAAGCCGAUGGAGGCUACUCAUUGCAUUUAGUCAGCACGAUCACCGAGUGGAUCCUCGGCGUGGCGACUAUGACCUACGUGUUCACAUUCACUUUCGACUUUCAGCAUUUCAAGCUCAUCGAGCCGACGCUUCAGUUCUUCGAUUAGUAAUAAUCACCAACAGCAAUUAAAAAACAUUUUUCUACGUUCUUCGAGCGAUGCGAUGUGCAUUUCGAUAUUGAUAUUGAUCUAUUGCCCUUUUUUCUCGUUCUGAUGAGUUUUCCCGUCGUGAUGAGCGCCGGCAGUGAUGAAUAUUUAAUUCAUAAUCGAUAUUUAUGGCCCUUUUUUACAAAAAAGACAAAAAAUGAAAAACGAGUCUCCGAAAGUUAAUCAACAUAAAUGCAUAAACAAUUGAAUUGCAGAAAAUAAAACUCAGUACGUGCAAGUAAAAAAUCAAGUGGAUAUUAGACAUUUAUGAGAAUUUUAUUGUUCGUUAAAUAUUUAAUAAGAUUUUAAUGGAAUUAAACGAGUGAGUGCAUUUUUUCUGCACAAGCAACAUGAAAGGGAUAAAUUUGUGAUGAAACGCUUCAAUAAAAGACUGUAGACAACCCAACUAGCAAUCAUCUAAUGUAUAUUUAAGCUGCACUGCGUGUUGCAAACAUAAUUUGCUACGAAAAUAUGAUUUAAAGUGUCUAUAAAUAAUUUACGCUAGUUCUGAAUAAUCUAAAACGUGUUACGUAUUA